AUGCCGGGCCAACAAACUCGCCAGUGGGUUCUUGCCAACCCACCACUCAACGACCCCGUCAUUGAAGGCAACGACGCGACCUUUUCGCUCCAAACCAUUGACCUCCCAAGCCCAACCGCUGAUCAAGUCCUCAUCAAAGUACUCUACUUCUCCAAUGACCCCGCACAAAGAGGAUGGAUCCAGAAAGACAUGGACCCUGAGCGCCUCUACGUGGAGCCGGUGAAGCAAGGUGGAGUAAUGCGUUCCUUCGCCAUUGCCGAGAUUGUCGAAUCCAGCACCGAUAGCCUGCCCAAGGGUCAACUCGUCAUGGGCGACUUCGGCUGGACAGAAUAUGCCGUCGUAUCCAACAAAGCCGUUCGACCCAUCCAAGCCGACGAGAGCGCCGGCAUUCGCCCCACGCACUUCAUCGGUGCACUCGGCGGAACAGGCCUGACCGCGUACUACGGCCUCAUCGACAUCGCGCGCGCCUCUUCCUCCGACACGGUCGUCGUUUCCGGAGCUGCGGGAGCUACCGGCUCCAUGGUUGUGCAACUCGCCAAGCACGUUCUUGGAUGUAAACGCGUCAUCGGCAUUGCCGGUGGUGAGAAGAAGUGCCGCUGGGUCGAGAGUCUGGGCGCAGAUGUUUGCGUCGACUACAAAGCCGCGUCUUUCGAGGCUGACCUUAAGAAAGCCACGGAGGGUUACGUAGAAGUCUACUUUGACAAUGUUGGCGGCGACAUCUUGUCGCUCAUGCUGGGUCGUAUGAAGCGCCACGGACGCAUCGCUGCGUGCGGCGCCGUCGCAACGUACAACUCCAUGGGCGACAGCGGCGUCAAGAACUGGUUCGAGAUUAUCAGCAAUCGCAUUGAGGUCAGAGGCUUCAUUGUUAUCGAUGCUAUUGAGUCGGGCAAGGCUGGUCAGUAUAUCCAGGAGUUGAUCAAGGGAGUCAAGGAGGGUAAGCUCAAGGUUGGGCCCGAAACGGAGACAGUGGUUAAGACUAAGUUUGAGGAUGUGCCCAAGACUUGGAUGAUGCUUUUCCAGGGUGGCAACACGGGCAAGUUGGUUACGGAGGUACAGGCCUAG